AUGGCCUCCAAGACCUUCAGUGAGUUACAAGAAGAGGAGUACCUUCCGGAGAACACGUCGACCACCGUUGGAACGAUCACAUGCACCGCGCCAAUUCCCUUCGGUGGUGAUGAGCAAUGGCUCUACUUUCCAGACGAUGGCAAAUUCGAUCUAUCGAGGGGAUCAGAGAGGAGGAUAAUCGUUGAAUGCGACAAAGACCGCCACAACCACACCGGAUUCAUGUUCGAUCCUGACAGUGCUGUCUUGAUCGUCGUCGACAUGCAGAACUACUUCGUCCAUCCACAGUACCGAGAUCACACUGCUGGUCUGGAGGCAGUCGAACCUACUUUGAGGGUCAUCGAGCGGUGCAGAACGGAAGAUAUUCAGAUUGCCUGGCUCAAUUGGGGUCUUACCGAGCACGAUUUGAAGAACAUGGCGCCAGCUAUCCAACGAGGAUUCCACAAGACGCUGGGCUGGCAUGUCGGACUGGGCGCUCAGCUUCCGGGAAACCAGGGCCGGUGCCUUUUCAAGCGGACAUGGAACUCAGAGCUUUACGAGCCCUUCAAGGCGGCAGCUCAGCCUGGGGACCUUUUCUUCGACAAGACACGCAUGAGCGGGUUAUGGUCUACAGCUGAACCUCUCCAUGAAUACCUCCGCGCUGUCGACAAGAAGACGCUACUUUUCGCUGGCGUGAACACUGAUCAGUGCGUCUUUGGCACAGUGUCUGACGCGUACUCGUACGGCUGGGACUGUGUGCUGCUGGACGAUUGCACUGGCACAAUGACUGGGCUGGGCGCUCAGGCUGUUGCUGAGUACAACAUUGCCCAGAACAUGGGUUUUGUCACGGGCAGCAAGGAGUUCUGCGAGGCGUUUACUCCUGCUACAGCUCUAUGGAGCUGUCUGUGCUUUGCCUACCGAGCAACAGCCACUCCAAGCAAAUGGCUCUCCAGAUGUUCUAGCUUCAUUGACGACUUCCUCCCAAGUCUGACCGUCUCCGUAUCCUGGAAGAAAGACGAAGCUUCACUCGGCAACACCAUCAAACCCAAGCAUCUCCAGCACCAACCGUCCAUCACUCUACACGAAGACACCAGCCCUGGUCGCAUGACAGACUCCCACCCAACCUACAUCAUCACGCUCACCGACCCCGACGCUCCCUCCCGCUCCAACCCGAAAUGGAGCGAGAUGUGCCACUGGAUCGCAACCAACGUCUCCGUAACCCCCCGAACCUUCUCCAUUCUACCCCUUCCCGAGUUCGGCCUCACGGAGCAAGACGUCGAAGAGCAGAGCGAACCCGAUGAUGUCGUCGAGUACAAGCCUCCUGGCCCGCCGCCCAAGACGGGCAAGCACCGCUAUGUGUUUCUUGUGUUUGCGCCGAAGAAUGGGACAACGGAGCCGCUGCACUUGUCGAAGCCGAAGGACCGUCAGCAUUGGGGAACGGGUGAGGAGGGUGGUGGUGUAAGGGAUUGGGCGGAUGGAAAUGGAUUGGUUCCUGUGGCUGCGAAUUUUGUGUAUGCGAAGAAUAAGAAGCAGUAGGGUGGUGGACGAUGGGCAGUCGUGGCGUUAGAAGCGGUAGAUGGGCUUUCAUUUGUGCACGGAUGUAAGGUUUGAAGUCUCUGGACGUCAGUGAAAGACGUUUGAACCAUUGAAGAACAGCAGAGAGUCUGGGAGCACAUUAGUAUGAAUACAGGAUAUCGAUGUUGAACCAUUUGAACGUCUUGGGCUACACUGCAGCCAAACGUAGGCAGGCACUCUUCAAGAUCUCAGGAGAGUCGCAACACAAAUUUGAG